CAGGGCUGGAUGCUCUGCAGAGAGGAUGGGGCUGUGCGGGUGCAUGCUGCUGGGGCUGCUCCUCUCCAUAGGGGCAUCUAUCUGCUGGGGUGAGUGCCCCUGCUCUGACCCAGCUCUAUGCCAGCCCAUCACAGACACCAGGGACUUUGAGGUCUAUGUAUUUCAUGUUAGAGGGGACAACUGGAAGAAUUAUGUCUGGGCCCACGUCACCACAGUCGCCCUGUUUGCCCCAUAUGACCCAGAACUCAUGUGCUUUGCACACUCCAAAGGGGCAAGAUAUGUUCUAACAGGAGACUUUCCACUGAAGGAUAUUGUGGAUUCAGACAAGAGGUCAGCCUGGAUAGCACAGAAGGUGAAGCUAGCAAAGGCUCAAUAUAUGGAUGGCAUUAAUCUGGAUAUAGAACAACCGGUGUUGCCCGAUAGCCCCGAGUAUUACGCUUUGACUGCGCUGGUGAAGGAAACCGCUGAGACUUUCCAUAGAGAGAUCCCUGGGUCACAGGUGACCUUCGAUGUUCCUUGGUCUCCUAAAUACAUCGACCUCCGUUGCUACAACUAUACGGGCAUAGCAGACCUGUGCGACUUCUUGUUUGUGAUGUCCUAUGAUGAGCAAUCCCAGAUCUGGUUUGACUGUAUCGCUUCAGCAAACGCACCAUUUAACCAAACCGUAACUGGUUACGAGCAGUUUAUUAAUAUCAGCAUCAAUCCUAAGAAACUUGUGAUGGGCGUCCCCUGGUACGGUUAUGACUUUACCUGUCUUCAACUAACAGAGAAUAAUAAAUGCAAAGUAGAAAGCAAGCCAUUUCGAGGGGCCGAGUGCAGCGAUGCCGUGGGCCGUCAGGUGGCGUACAGCACCAUCAUGAAGCAGGUCAACACUUCAGUGAGUGGCAGGUUAUGGGAUGAUGUCCAGAAAGCUCCUUUCUAUAACUACAAGGACAAACGAGGAAAUAUCCAUCAGGUUUGGUACGAUGAUCCGCAGAGUAUUUCUUUGAAGGCUGCGUACAUUAAGAAACUUGGUCUCAGAGGCAUUGGUAUGUGGCAUGGAGAUCUGCUGGAUUAUACCGAUGAUCCUAUAGCCCAACAACAGACUGCAGACAUGUGGAAAGCCUUACUACCAUAAUGGCUCUCUAGUGGCCUGGUCUUUUCUGCUGGGAAAUAUGGAGCCUUACUGGUGGUGCAUAAACGGCAAUUCUGAAAGGGUUGUAAAAGAGUGAAAUAUUACAAAAAACGCGUAUUUCUUGAGAUUGCUAUGUACGCGUCUCUGACCAUACCAGUGUAACUUGAAAUUAUUGGUGCCAGAUGUCAUGGGGUGGUUUUUUAGGCUACUCUUAAAAUCCCCUGCAUAGAUAAAUGACUGGCUGCCUGCCUACACAGCCACCACCAGAGGGAGCACAGGAGCUUACUGAAUACCAUGUAUAAAUUAAACUAAAUAAAUAAAGGGGGGGGGGGAAUAAAAUUAGACUUUAUUAAAAAUUGUAAACCAACGUAUUUGUGCAGCCUUGAGUUUAGUCUGAUCAGUGGGGAUCACCAAUCACGAGAAGGGAUUUCCUGAGCAACUGGAGUGAUGGUUGUGCACGUGUGCUGCCACUCCAUUCCUGUCUAUUGUGUCCAGAGGACUUCUUUAAAGAAUGGCUUAAUAAACUUCAGCAACAUUUUGAAAUUAAACACUAGUUUAUUUAGAUCAUCCUCACAUCAAUGCAAAAUCCAAUGCAAGGGUUUCUAAAUUGUUGCAUAUAUUUGCUAUUAUUUUCUCUGUUCCACUUUGUUUCCUUUAUGACAACUUUGCUUAUUAAAAUGCGUGACUAGAAAA